AAUAUUAAUAUAUUAUCAUUAUCUGAGACUCUGUGCUCAGUGCAUUGCAGCCCCAUGGAAACCAAAUCCCUUCAACAGCUUCAUAUUUUCUUUCUUCCUUUCAUGGCUCGUGGCCACAGCAUACCCAUUAUAGACAUAGCCAAACUAUUUUCUUCUCGUGGGGCAAGAUGCACCAUAGUGACCACUCCCCUAAAUGCACCACUCUUCUCCAAAGCAACCCAAAGAGGUGAAGUCAAACUUGUUCUCAUCAAAUUCCCCUCUACUGAAGCUGGGUUGCCUCAAGACUGCGAAGAUCCCGACUUGAUUAGAACACAAGACAUGGUGGAAAAAUUUGUCAAAGCCACCUAUUUACUUGAACCACAGCUUGAGCAGGUUUUAGACGAACAUCGUCCUCAUUGCCUUGUUGCUGAUGGUUUCUUUCCUUGGGCUACAGAUGUGGCCGCCAAGUUUGGAAUUCCAAGGCUGUAUUUCCAUGGAAUCGGUUUCUUCCCAUUGUGCGCUUCACUGAGUGUGAUGAUGUAUCAACCUCAGACGAAGUUGUCGUCUGAUUCAGAAUCUUUUGUCAUUCCUAAUCUCCCUGAUGAGAUCAAGAUGAAUAGAAGCCAAUUACCAGUUUUUCCCAAUCUAGAUGGUGAGUCAGAAUUCUUGAACAUGCUCAAAGCAUCCACAGAGAGCGAAGAAAGGAGCUAUGGGGUUAUUGUUAACAGCUUUUAUGAACUAGAACCAGCUUAUGCAGAUCAUUACAGGAAAGUUUUUAGGAGGAAGGCGUGGCAUAUCGGCCCCGUUUCGUUGUGCAACAAGGCACCAGAGGAUAAAGCAGAGAGGGGAGCAAUGGAAAGCUCGACUGCUGAGAAACAUGAGUGCUUGAAAUGGCUUGAUUCAAAGAAACCCCAUUCGGUUGUGUAUAUAUCAUUCGGAAGCAUCAUCUGUUUUGCUGAUUGUCAGCUACUAGAAAUUGCAAUAGGCCUUGAGGCUUCUGGACAAGACUUCAUUUGGGUUGUGAAGAAAGAAAAGAAAGACGAAGAAGACUGGUUGCCUGAAGGAUUUGAGAAGAGAACGGAAGGUAAGGGCCUGAUUAUAAGAGAUUGGGCUCCCCAAGUGCUGAUUCUUGAGCAUGAAGCAAUAGGAGCAUUUGUGACUCAUUGUGGCUGGAACUCUACCAUUGAAGGAGUGUCUGCCGGGGUUCCAAUGAUUACGUGGCCGGUGAUGAGCGAUGAGCAGUUUUACAAUGAGAAGUUGGUGACUGAGAUACUUAGGAUUGGCGUUCCCGUUGGUUCUGAACAAUGGGUUUCAUUUGUGGAUCUACCUGCGAAGACUGAAGCGAGUGUGAGGAGGGGGGCCAUAGAGAAAGCAGUGACUAGAAUCAUGGUAGGUGAUGAAGCAGUGGAAAUGAGAAGCAGGAUUAAAGAGCUUGGAGAGAAAGCAAGGAGGGCCGUGGAAGAAGGUGGCUCAUCUUUCUUGAAUUUAAUUUCUCUAGUUGAAGAGUUGAACCGCCUUCUGGAGGCUUAGUCGAAAUCCCAACACUCAUCAUCGUUGCAAUAAUCUUAUUUCUUCUCUUGGAGGUGUUUUGAUGCAAGUCUAGCUUGAAAACCAGGUACAAGCAGAGAUGUUGCAGUCACAGAACAAAAGCUUAUUUCAUGGUCACAACUACAAAGAACAUAGAUAUGCAUGUUCAAAUUGAAUCAUCUUCUUGGCCAGAUUACGUACAAAGAGUGGGCAGAAUGUCAUCACCAUGCAAAUGUGUGAGUUUUGAAAUGCAUGUACGUCUUCUUCCAAAACCUUCCAAUAGAAGAAGAACCCACACAAUUUGAGUCACCCAUAUAUACAUUAGUAAGCCAAUUUCAAGCUAUACUGUUACCAUAGAUACUCCGCCAUCUUGGGUUCUGUACUUAAUUACGUACUCACUUUGCCUAUAAUGGUGUAAAAUUAGACAGUCAAAAGAGUCUCGGAUGCCAAACAAUAAUUGC